CCCUUCUCUCCCAUUUUAUCAAUUUUUCUAGGACCCAAAUCAAAUCGCCAGAUUUCAAUUCAAAUACUUGAGACCUAAAACCCGUUUCUUUUCUUCUCUCUCUUCUUCUCCCUCAGUAUUUCUUUCGAAUUCCUAAAAUGGCAGGAAUUGAACUUCAAAAUACUGUCAAAGAAGCCCUAAAUGCUCUUUAUCAUCAUCCUGAUGAUGCUGUUCGUAUGCAAGCUGAUCGUUGGCUUCAGGAAUUUCAGCGCACUCUUGAUGCUUGGCAGGUUGCAGAUAAUCUACUUCAUGAUGUAACUAGCAAUUUGGAAACUCUAAUCUUUUGCUCACAAACUCUGAGAAGCAAGGUGCAACGAGAUUUUGAAGAGCUUCCUUCUGAAGCAUUUCGCCCAUUACGGGACUCCUUAAAUAGCUUGUUAAAUAGAUUUCACCAUGGCCCGCCAAAAGUGAGAACCCAGAUUAGCCUUGCUGUAGCUGCAUUGGCUGUUCAUGUUUCUAUAGGAGAUUGGGGAGACGGAGGAAUCAUGAACUGGCUCAAGGUAGAGAUGAGCUCUCGCCCAGAAUGCAUACCAGGCUUUUUGGAGCUUCUGAAGGUUCUGCCUGAGGAGGUGUUCAAUUAUAGAAUAUCUGCUCGGCCCGAAAGACGUCGUCAAUUUGAGAAGGAGCUUAUUUCUGCAAUGGAAGUUGCUCUAAGUUUGUUAACUGCUUGUUUGAAUGCGAGUGAACUCAAGGAGCAGGUACUGGAGGCAUUUGCUUCUUGGCUUCGCUUGAGACGUGGGAUUUCUCCAUCUGUGCUUGCAAAUCACCCUUUGGUUCAUACGGCUUUAUCUAGCCUGGUUUCCGAGAUACUCUCUGAGGCUUCUGUUAAUGUUGUUUCAGAAUUAAUACAUUGUUCGGCAGUGGGAAGUUCUUCUGAUGUUUCUGCACAGAUGCCAUUGAUCCAAGUCAUUGUACCUCAGGUUAUGAGUCUCAGACCCCAUAUCAAUGAUCCUUCGAAGGAUGAGGAAGAUGCAAAGGCUAUUGGACGAUUAUUUGCUGAUAUGGGUGAUGCUUAUGUUCAAUUGAUUGCUACUGGUUCUGAUGAGUCAAUGAUGAUAGUGCAAGCAUUGCUUGAAGUUGCUUCACACUCACAGUUUGAUAUAGCUUCAAUGACAUUCAACUUCUGGCACAAUCUGCAGGUUUACUUGAUUGAAAGGGACCUAUAUGUUUCCUUGGGUAAUGAAGCUUCCAUCGAAGCGGAGAGGAACAGGAGAUUACUAGUUUUUCGUUCAUCAUAUGAAUCUCUAGUAUCCUUGGUCAGUUCUCGGGUUCAGUAUCCUGAUGAUUAUAUGGAUCUUUCAAGGGAGGACCUCAAAGAUUUUAAACAAACAAGAUAUGCUGUUGCAGAUGUUCUUGUUGAUGCAGCAUUGGUUUUGGGUGGUGAUACUGUGUUGAAAAUUCUUUACAUGAAACUUGUUCAGGCUGUAGCCAGCUGUGGAAAUGAUCAAAAUGGUGAAUGGCGUCCAGCAGAAGCUGCUUUGUACUGUAUACGAGCCAUAGCAGAUUAUGUUCCAAGUGUGGAAGCGGAAGUGAUGCCUCAGGUUAUGUCUUUGCUUUCGAAGCUUCCUCGUCAGCCUCAACUACUUCAUACUGUGUGCUUAACAAUUGGUGCAUACUCAAAAUGGCUUGAUGUAUCAUCAAAUGGUCUCUCAAUUCUUCCUUCGCUGAUAGAUAUUCUUAUGAAUGGCAUGAGCACAUCUGAAGAUACUGCAGCAGCUGCUGCAUUGGCUUUUAGACACAUUUGUGAUGAUUGUCGGAAGAAGUUGUGUGGUUCUCUAGAUGGCCUCUUCCAUAUCUAUCACAGUGCUGUCUACGCAGAAGGUGGGAACUUCAGAGUAUCUGCUGAAGACUCUCUACAUUUGGUUGAAGCACUAAGCAUGGUAAUUACAGAGCUUCCUCCAGAUCACGCAAAGAAGGCCUUGGAGGCAUUGUGCCUGCCUGUUGUUACUCCUCUUCAGGAAAUGAUCAACCAAGGUCCAGUUAUCAUGGGGCAAAAAGGUGCCCGUGAACUUACUGUUCAUAUUGAUCGACUGGCAUAUAUUUUUAGAUAUGUGAAUCACCCUGAAGCCGUAGCAGAUGCAAUUCAGAGACUCUGGCCGAUUUUCAAAGCCAUCUUUGACGUCCGUGCUUGGGACAUGCAAACGAUGGAAUCUCUCUGCAAGGCAUGCAAAUACGCUGUAAGAACUUCAGGAAGGUACAUGGGCAUCACAAUUGGUGCCAUGCUAGAGGAGAUUCAGGGACUCUAUCAGCACCAUCUGCAAUCAUGCUUUUUAUAUCUCUCUAGUGAAGUGAUAAAGAUCUUUGGGUCCGACCCUUCCUGUUCAGACUAUUUGAGAAACUUAGUUGAAGCCCUUUUUACAAGAACAGCCUGCAUUCUUCCCACACUUGGGGACUUUACCAGCAGACCAGAUAUAGCAGAUGAUUGUUUCCUAUUGGCAUCAAGGUGCAUCCGAUAUUGCCCACAGAUAUUCAUCCCAUCACCUGUCUUUCCCUCAUUAAUAGACUGUGCUAUGAUUGGCAUCACAGUUCAACACAGGGAGGCUUCAAAUUCCAUUUUGACGUUCUUAUCAGAUGUCUUUGAUCUCCCAAAUUCACGCGGGGGUAUUCAGUUUCAAUCCAUCCGAGACAAUGUGAUUAUGCCUAGAGGAGCAUCAAUUACUAGAAUUCUGAUAGCAUCUCUUGCAGGAGCUCUUCCAAGUAAUCGAUUUGAAACGGUAACUUACACACUUUUUGCACUAGUUCGAGCUUAUCAAACAAAAGCUCUGGAAUGGGCCAGGGGAAGCAUCUCAUUGAUCCCAAAAACAGCAGUUACGGAAGUUGAGAGCACGAGGUUCUUGAAAACAUUAUCCGAAAUAGCAUCUGGGGCUAGCAUUAACGCGGUGAUGGCUCCAAUUGAGGAGCUCUCAGAUGUUUGUCGGAGAAAUCGGACAGUUCAAGAAAUUGUUCAGGAUGCAUUGAAACCCCUAGAAAUGAAUAUGGUUCAGAGAGUAUAGAACAUGUAUCAAAAAGAAGAGUUGCACAGCUUUUUUGCUGAUAGAGAAUACACAGAUUAAGGCACAACGGGCUGUUUUCAGAAGGCCCUGUGUAGAGCAGCUUAUUAGCUCCAUUGUGUAUUAUUUGUUUCAUUGAUUCAUGUAAUAUAGUCCCACAAUUUUUUAACCGAUUGUGGCUUUGGAAAUCAAGAUUUUGUUGUAUUUAUUACUACGAAAGGUUCCAAUGAAAAAUCUCAAGAGUGAUUUGGGUUGUUCGUAUUGUACUUCUUGGUCAACGGUUACAUUUGGAAAUUUAAACAUGCUCUCCUAUUUAAUAAGAAUAUCUUUUUUCA